AUGGAAUAUACUUCUUUUAUCAGUGAAGAAAACAUUAUACUUGAAAAAAAAUUAAAGACAGAAGAAAAUGAACAAGUAAAACCUGAAUUUAUUAAAGAAGAACCAAUUGAAGACGGCUCUUCCAGUGCUGAAACAAUAAAAUAUCGCAAACGAGGUCAUUUAAAUGUACACAAACGAAUUCAUCCUGGUGCAGAACGAUUUUCAUGUGCAGAUUGUGGUAAAACAUUUACUGAGCAACGCUAUUUAAAUUCACAUAAACGACGUCACCACACUGGAGAAAAACCGUUUUCAUGUAAAGUUUGUGAGAAAACAUUUACGGAGCAACGCUAUUUAAACUCACAUAAACGACUUCACACUGGAGAAAAACGUUUUUCACGUAAAGUUUGUGGUAAAGAAUUUAAUUGGGAAAUAUGUUCAAAUGCUCAUAAACGAAUUCACGCUGGGGAAAAAGUUGGAUUUCCUUGA